UUCACUAUUGAGAACAUGGCAAUUAGAAACAAUGUGACUGAAUUUGUUCUACUGGGGCUCACAGAAAACCCAAGGAUGCAGAAAAUCAUAUUCACUGCAUUUUUGUUCAUCUACCUUGUCUCCAUGGUAGGUAAUUUGCUCAUCCUUCUCAUCAUCAUCGUCAGCCCAUUACGGAAGUCCCCCAUGUACUUUUUCUUGGCUCAUCUCUCCUUUAUUGAUGCCUGCUACUCCUCAGUCAAUAAUCCAAAACUGAUUGCAGAUUCACUGCAUGAAAAGAAGAUCAGCCUGUUCAGUGCAUGUAUGACUCAAGUCUUUGCAGAACAUUUCAUAGGUGGUGCUGAGGUCAUCCUGUUGACUGUGAUGGCCUAUGACCGCUAUGUGGCCAUCUGCAAGCCCUUGCAUUAUGCAACCAUCAUGAACUGGAGAUUGUGCAGCCUGCUCGUGGGGGUGUCCUGGGUGGGUGGUUUUCUUCAUGGAGCCAUACAGAUCCUCUUCAUCCUGCCACUCCCAUUCUGUGGCCCGAAUUUCAUAGAUCACUUCAUGUGUGACCUCAACCCUCUGCUCCAGCUGGCCUGCACCGACACGCACACUCUGGGAUUCUUUGUUGCUGCAAACAGUGGCUUCAUCUGUCUGUUAAAUUUCCUGCUUCUUUUGGUCUCCUAUGUGUCCAUUCUCUUCUCCUUAAAGACCCACAGUGGGGAGGGCAGGCAGAAAGCCCUCUCCACCUGUGUCUCCCACAUUACGGUGGUUGUUUUGUUCUUUGUGCCUUGCAUGUUUGUGUACAUGAGACCCCCAACAACUCUACCCAUUGAUAAAGCAAUUGCUGUUUUCUACACCAUGAUAACUCCCAUGCUAAACCCUUUGAUCUAUUCUUUGAGAAAUGCUCAGAUAAAAAAUGCUAUUAGAAGUUCUUUUGGUAAGAAAAUUCUACCAGGUGCCAAAUAA